CUUUUAAGAGGCAGAGACAACAUAGCCUACUUGAAACAGAAUAGCGGACGCGUCGCGCGUGCAUGCAUUGCGUUAUUUCUGGGAUGGAGACAGUGCUUGGAAACAAAACUGCCUUUUGAAUCGGUUUCUUUUCUCAUGUAGCCUAUUAACUUUUGCUGGAUACUUAACAAAAAAAAUCAUUUGUAUAUCACUAUAUCUUCCGUGCAGUUGAUGGUAUGAUGUCAGUGUUCAGUUUCCGUGGCACCAGAAGGAGCGGAGCUUCUGGGUUCAUCUGCAUGCUCCUUAGUGUUUCUUUUGCAGUCUACGUUGUCGGGUACAAGCCCGUCAUUAUAGUCCACGGACUAUUCGACAGCCCCAAAGAGUUGGUAAACUUGAGCCGCUUUAUCAGUAAGUCACAUCCAGGUACAAAUGUGACAGUGAUUGACCUGUUUGACUACAAAGCCAGCCUAAAGCCAAUGUGGAAGCAAGUGCAGGGCUUCACACAGGUGGUCCGCUCCAUCCUGCAAAACGCUGUGGACGGUGUCCACCUCAUCUGCUUUUCCCAAGGUGGAUUGGUGUGUAGAGGAAUUGUCUCCACUCUUCCGGACCACAAUAUUCACUCAUUUAUUUCGCUGUCUUCCCCACAGGGGGGCCAAUAUGGAGACACAGAAUACCUGAAAUAUGCUUUCCCAAAGUUCCUAAAGAGACAGGUUUAUAAAAUCUGCUACCGCUCCGUGGGACAAAAGCUGUCCAUCUGCAACUACUGGAAGGACCCCCACCACAUAGACCAGUAUGUGAAAGGCAAUGAUUAUCUUGCAUUGCUGAACAGUGAGAGGCUUAACCCCAGUGCAGCAGUUUGGAAGAAGAACUUCCUGCGCAUUAAGAAAUUGGUGUUGAUCGGAGGACCAGAUGAUGGUGUCAUCACUCCUUGGCAGUCCAGCCAUUUUGGCUUUUAUGAUGAAAAUGAAGAAGUUGUUGAGAUGAAGGACCAGGAUGUGUAUGUGAAGGAUGUGUUUGGGCUGAAGACACUGGAUGCCAGAGGAGACUUGGUUGUGUGUGUGUUUCCCGGAGUGAAGCAUACCAGUUGGCACUCCAAUGAAGCAGUGUACAAUGACUGCAUCGAUAAGUGGCUCACAUAAAGCGUGAUCAUUGUGACAACAAAAUAAAACAUGUUCUGCACAUAUUA